UUUUCAUAAACUACUAUUCGCGGUCACACUGCUGAUACGUCACUUUUAGAAACGCCGCGAAUUUUUGCCAUUGAAAUUUUGCACUGGAAUUUCGCAACGCGCACAAAGGAAACAAGUAGCAAAUAUGUCGGGCACUUCGCAGAAGUACAAGAAUUUUGUGGCGGAGCCAAUGGGCAACAAGUCGGUUACGGAAUUGGCCGGAAUCGGCGAAACCCUUGGCGGACGCUUGACGGAAGCUGGAUUCGACAAGGCCUACACGGUCUUGGGUCAGUACCUGGUGCUGAAGAAGGACGAGGAGCUGUUCAAGGACUGGAUGAAGGAGGUGUGCCACGCGAGCUCCAAGCAGGCGUCCGAUUGCUACAACUGCCUUAACGACUGGUGCGAAGAGUUCUUGUAAGGGAUGUGACCCCGAGUCUUCAAUGUUUGGAUCAAAAGGCAUAAAAGCACUGGCAAAUGAUUUCUAACUAAGCAUGUGCCGUGUUUAUGUUCGUAUCACUGAUAGUAUGUAGUUUAUAUGUAAUUUAAUGUCUACCCGGAAUAAAUGUACAGUCAUGGAAACCAUCCAA